GCCCAUUUCCUGGUCCAGUGGAAGACCGAGUGCCAUUUCUUCAACGGGACGCAGCGGGUGCGAUACCUGGACAGGCACUUGUACGACCGGCAGGAGAUGGACUACUACGACAGCGACCUCGGGAAAUUCGUGGCCGUCACUCCGUUGGCGCAGCCCGAUAUGGACCAGUGGAACCGAGACAAGCAGCUCCUGCAGUACGAGAAGGCCUUCGUGGAUUCCUUCUGCCGACACAACUACGAGGUUCUCCAGGGCGGCCCCGUGGUUGGCCGGAGAGCCAAGCCCACCGUCUCAAUCUCCCCCACCAAGCUGGACCCCGCUUCCCCCAACACCAUCCUCCUCUGCACCGUGAGGGGCUUCUACCCUGUGGAGAUCAAGGUCCGGUGGCUGAAGAACGGGCGGCUGGAAGAGGAGGGCGUGGCCUUCGGGGAGGAGCUCCAGAAUGGAGACUGGACCUACCAGCUCCAGGUGAUGCUGGAGACCCAGCCCCAGCGGGGGGAUAUCUACGCCUGCCAGGUGGAGCAUGCCAGCCUGGAGGCCCCAAUCACCGUCCAAUGGGAGCCCCGUUCCUCCAACUCUGCCAAGAGCAAACUCUGGAUGGGGAUCGUUGCAGCCAUGAUCGGGGUGAUCUUCUUCACCAUGGGGCUCUCCCUCUAC